GAUAAAAAAAAAGCAUCGGGUUAUUAUAUAAAGUCCAGCAAGUAGUGUCCACAGUGUGUCGCUGACGCGUGGAGGCAAGAAUACAUCAGAAGAUCACGCAGACAGGUAGAGAACUGCAGAUCUGAGCGGAGGCGUUGGUGAUUGUUGUGGUGCGUGUGUACCGAUGGUUUGUCCCCUCAGAAUGGCUGCUAAACUGGCGCUGCUGCUCCUGGGAACGCUGGUGUCGCAGCACGGCUGUCAGCACUGGUCGUAUGGACUGAGCCCCGGAGGGAAGAGGGGUCUGGACGGCCUCUCGGACACGCUGGACAACAUCGUUGCAGAGUUUCCGCACGUGGACGCGCCCUGCAGCGUUGUGAGCUGUGUCGAGGCGCCUUUGGCCAAAAUGUACAGAAUGAGAGCGUUUCUUGACGGCGUUACUGACAGAGAAAAUGGACACAGAACAUACAAGAAGUGAUAACUAUUAGAUCCCACAGUAAAAGCGUCUAUGAGCAGCUCUUUGUUGUUGUCGUUGUUCACCUCUCUGUCACAUUUAAACUCUUUAACCAUUUUCUUCACGCUGUCUCUUCCGUCCAACCAUCUGUCGUCUCCUUCACAGCUCGUACAGUCUUUCUAAUAUCAGGCUAUUUGUCUUUUCUCUCCAUGUGGCCUUGUUCUCUUUCUUGCCUCACCUCCCACACGUCCACCUUCAUUUCUCUUCUCCCUCUCUUUUACUCAGCGGAGCGCUACGUCUGUCAUCAUCCACCUUUUCCUCUCGACGCUCAUCCGUCUUUCCUACCGUCCUCACAAUUCCUCCUCAAACUUUCAUCCUCACUCUUCUACUUUUUCUUGUUUUUCACAUCCUCAUCUUUAUAGCUUUCUUCUUCUUCACUUCUAUUCCUCUCCUGUCUUCAUCAUCUUGUCAUUUAUAUUCCUCUCUGUCAUUCCUCAUCUUGCUCUAAUUUUUCUAUCCAUGAUGAAUGGGAGGAGACGGUGACCUGUUCUAUCCAUCUUCCACCCUGUCAUCGCCCUCAUUUCUUUUCGCUUUCCUCUCUCAAUCGCUCCUAUUCUUCUAAAUCUUUUUACACUUAAUAUGACUUUUUCUCUCUCUUCCUGUUCAAGUGACAUUCAUUUGUCUCCUCUUCUAUCUCCUGUCUCCUGCUGGUCUAAACUUGACCUCUUUAGCUUCCUUUCUUUUCACUUUCAUUGCCAUUGCCUUGUCCUUGCGUAUCCUCAACAGUCUGCUCUCCCAUUUCCUCUUAUUUAUUUAUCUGUUCAUCAUUUGGUUUUUGAUCCACAGAGGGUGUUGCUGUCGUUGAUUGCAGAUGUGACAUAAAGCUGUAUAAAUAAACCUUGGUGGUAUAUUUAAUUGA